CGACCCAUAUACUCUCUCUCUCUCUCUCUCUCUCCUUUUUGUCAAACCAAAACCAUUGUACACGUUUUCUGUAUCUAUAUCCAUAUAUAUACACAACCUCCUUAUUCCUUUCCUUCCUCAUCUCAGAUCUUGACUUGGAACCAUGGCGAAAGUCGUUCUCUCCCUCACCCUUCUCUCGCUCCUAUUCGCCUUCACAUUCGCUCGUUCACCGUCCGACGCCGCGGAAAAUGACGUCGUCUUUCUCGACCUGUCGAAUUCCCGCGCGGAAAUCGAGGCCAAGCCGACGCUUCUCCUCCCCAGCGAGAGAACGAUCUACGAACCGAACACCGCCGAGGAAACUGAGGACAGGAAACCUUUCCCAUUCGGAAACGACGCCUUGGUCGCCGGAGAAGAGGGGCAGCAGAAGCCCGUCGAGGUCGAAAACGACGGGGCAGAGGCCGAAGAAGAGGAUCGGAGGAGAGUUGAGGGCGAAAACGACGAGGUAGUGGCCGAAGAAGAGGAACAGAAGCCAGUCGAAGACGAAAACGACGGCGUAGUAGAAGCCGAACAAGAGGAUCUGGAACGACCGUUGACCUCCGUGAGAUUCCUGCCGGCCAACCACCACUUCCGCCGCCCGUGCCACCACUGGAUGAAGCGGAUGAUGAGGAUGAGGGCCAUGAGGCACCGGAUGCAAGGCCGCCAGAUGCCGUACGGCGACGACAUGAUGAUCCGCGGAGGAGAGGGGAAGGUGUUCGAUCACGAGUUUUUCCACGGCGGCGAGAGGAAGGAGUUCCGCGGUGACGAGAGGAGGGAGGUAGAAGAGGAGGAACAGAAGCCAGUCGAAAUCGAAAACAACGGCGUAGUGGCCGCAGAAGAGGAUCAGAAGGCUACCGAACCUGAGACUCAAACCUUGGAUCUGUCACGACCGUUGACCGUCGAAAGAUUCCCGCUGGUCAACCGCCACUUCCGCCGCCCAUGCCGCCACCACUGGAUGAAGCAUAUGAUGAGGAUGAGGCAUCAGAUGCACGGCGGCCACAUGUUACCCGGAGGAGAGAGAAAGGUGUUCAAUCCCGAGUUUUUCCGCGGCGGCGAGAGGAAGGAGGUCGAUAAAGAGAUGGGAGAGUUCCGCGGUGACGGUGAGAGGAUGGAGAUUGAUACAGGGAUGUUCCGUGGAGACGGCGAGAGGAAGGAGUUCGCUUCGGAGACGUUCCGCGGCGGAGAGAGGAAGGAGUUUGAUCGGGAGAUGUUCCGUGGCGUCGAGGGCGAUCACCUUCGUGAUAUGCGGCCGCAGUGGAUGGGACACCACCAGCACCAUUACCACCGCCACCACGACCAUGAGGGGAGGCCGUGGUUUCCGUUCUUCGGCAGGCAUCAUCAUCAUGAUCACGAGAGGUUCGAAAGGCAGAGCUCCAGGAGGCCGUUUUUCCGCCGUGAGGAAGGGGAGGAAGAGAGAGAGGAAGGUGGUUUCCUUGACCGAAUCCGCAACUUCGUCGCCAACCACUUUUGAAUUUCUUGAGAUUCCUAUGUAAUUUCCAUAUAGGCCAUAGCAGGUGUUUGUGCUUGUCCUGUAUGAAUCUUGAUUCCUAGAUAUGCAUGUUUGUGUUUCCAUUUUCAAAAAACGCUACAGACGCAUACACGUUAAGUGCAUAAAUUAGGACAUAAAUGUGUUCAGGAUCGCUUGGGAUCCACACGCAUCAGACGAUUCAGAAACAUCUACGUCCGAAUCUGUGCACUUAAAUCUGUAUCCGUAGCAUUACUCUUUCCGUUUUCAGCAGUUUAAUCUGCAUGUAUUGUUGUACGUGGAUCUUUGUUGUUGAUUCUGUAAAUAAUUUUGCAUCCAUGCUUGAUGUAA